CAUGAUAACGUUAGUCUGCGCCCUUCCUAGGAUCAAAUGCCGCCGACCCGCCACGAUGCAACAGCAUCACUUCGUCGUCUUCGACCAUCCUUCCCAAGGCAAGCAAGCACAUCGGAUCAUAAUAAGGAUAAUGUCAGUGUAAGGCAAGAACAAAAGAAAUUGGCAAUUCGUCGAAAUCUCUAACGCCGUUUGUGUACAGUGACACUCGCUGUCGGUUGGUCUUUUCGUCUUUUCCCCCAUUUUCUCUUGUUAUUGUGAGUGACCACGGUCCACACAGUCAUCCCCUUCCUCACUCUCCCCAUCAAAAGCCAAACCGUUUGUUUACCUUGUCGCGUAAAUAUACCAACACAGCCAAAAGCAGCAAGGCAACGCAAAAACACAUGAAUGGGCUUCCUCUUCCAGCUCACGAACUUUGAGCCCUUUCAGAUAUCCCCUCCGUCUGGAGACCCGCAAUUCCCCUAUUACUCCUCGGCGGACGAACGCUCAAUGCGCUCCCCUCGCCCUCUUCGCGCCACCACCAAUCUCAGAAUCGCCCCGCGGCCGCUUGUUCCCCGGCUGGAAAUCGUUGGCCACGGGGUUGAGCCCACCUCGGCCGCCCCCGCGUCCGCCUCUACCGCCGAAUCCGCCUCGCUCACCGCCGCCGGAGGAUGCCCGGUGGCCCGGAGCUUGAUGACCUCCGCGUCCGCGUCCAGCCGCACCGCCACGUCCCGGCACGGGAAUGGCACUCCUCUGGCCUUGCCCUUGGCCCUGGCCUGGACCUUGCUGACCUUGCUGCCCCUGUCGUUGACCUGGAUGCUGACCUGGCUGUUGACCUGGAUGCUGGACCGGCUGUUGACCUGGAUGCUGAACCGGCUGCUGGCCUGGCUGUUGACCUGGCUGUUGACCUGGAUGCUGAACUGUCUGCUGAGCUGCCUGCUGACCAGGCUGUUGUUGGCCUGGUUGGGGACCUUCGCCAGGACUCUGAGCCUGUGCAGCCUUCGCGAAAGGAUUAGAAGCCGGAGCAGCGACGGCAGCUGCUGCCGCGGCGGCAAAUGGGUUGUUGGGCAGCGAGGUAGGAGGCCCACCCCCCGCCGCGAAGGGGCUGGGUUGGCUGUUCGCUCCCUCCGUCUUGAUCUCCGUGCCUAUCGCCGGCACAGAACCUGGCUUCGGAGGUAGCAGUCCGCUCCCUGGCGGCACAAGUUGUUUGGGUU